AGGAGGGCAGGAGCGGUAAGGGGAACAUGGCCGCGAAGUCGGACGGCGGCAAAGCCGGUGUCGGCUGCGGCGGCGGCAGCGGCUUCGCCCAGCUGUACGACGUUGACGCCGAGGAGCCGCUGGACUCCGCCGCGAUCCACAUCUGCCAGUGCUGCCGCUCCUCCGCCUGCUACUGGGGCUGCCGCUCAGCCUGCCUGGGCUCCCUGCUCGGCGGGGGCCAGCCGGUCGGAGGGGUCGGCGUCCGGGAGACCCACUGCCCUCCCCGGGAGCAGCUGUGGCUGGACUGCCUCUGGAUCAUCCUCGCCCUGCUCGUCUUCUUCUGGGAUGUUGGCACGGACCUGUGCCUGGCGGCGGACUACUACCACAGGCAGAACUACCUCUGGUUCGGCCUGACGCUCUUCUUCGUGCUGGUGCCGUCCGUGCUGGUCCAGAUUCUGAGUUUCCGCUGGUUCGUGCAGGACUACACCGGCGGGGGGCUCGGAGAGGUGGAGGGGCUUACUAAAAGGGGGACGGUGGUUCAGGGCUGCCUGUAUCCCGGAAAGGACCGCCUGCAGCUGGCCAUCAUCUGGCUGUGGCAGGCCACCAUACACAUCCUCCAGCUGGGACAGGUGUGGAGGUACAUCCGAACCCUCUACCUCGGGGUGAUGUCACGGCGGCAAAAGGAGCACCAGCGGCGGUGGUACUGGGCUAUGAUGUUCGAGUACGCCGAUGUCAACAUGCUGCGCUUGCUGGAGACGUUCCUUGAGUCUGCGCCGCAGCUGGUGCUGCAGCUCUGCAUCAUGAUCCAGGAGAACCGAGCCGAGACCCUGCAGUGCAUAUCCUCCCUUGCCUCCCUCCUCUCCCUGGCCUGGGUUCUGGCCUCCUACCACAAGCUGCUGCGCGACUCCCGGGACGACCAGCGCAGCAUGAGCUACCGCGGCGCGCUGCUCCACCUCUGCUGGCGCCUCUUCACCAUCUCCUCCCGCGUCCUCUCGCUAGCCCUCUUCGCCUCCCUUUUCCACAUCUACUUCGGCAUCUUUGUGGUGUUGCACUGGUGCGCCAUGGCCUUCUGGGUGGUGCACGGUGGCACCGACUUCUGCAUGUCGAAGUGGGAGGAGGUGCUCUUCAACAUGGUGGUUGGCAUUGUCUACAUCUUCUGUUGGUUUAACGUGAAAGAGGGACGGACGCGGUACCGGAUGAUUACGUACUACACCGUGGUUUUGGCCGAGAAUACCAUCCUGACGGGCCUGUGGUACGCCUAUCGAGAUCCGGCGCUCACCGACUCGUACGCCGUCCCCGCCCUCUGCAGCGUCUAUCUGACGUUCGCCGGGGGCGUCCUCGUCAUGUUCCUGUACUAUGGCUUCCUGCACCCGGCCACCGCCCACCUCCAGCCGAGCCCCGCCUCCUCCUGCUGCGCCCAGCUGCUCUGGGGUCUGCCGCUUCCCCCGUCAGCCCCGCCCACUGCCCCGCCCACCCCGGCACACAUGGCCAAGUCGCAGACGGAAGAGGACGUGGCCGAGUCGUGCCUUCCCGUCUUCCAGGUGAGGUCCGCCCCCCCGAUCUCCAAGCCCGAAGGCCCGCUGAUAAAAAUCGACAUGCCCAGGAAGCGCUACCCGGCCUGGGACGCUCACUACGUAGACAGGCGCCUGCGAAGGACUAUAAACAUCCUGCAGUACAUAACGCCAGCUGCCGUGGGCAUCCGCUACCGCGACGGGCCGCUACUGUACGAACUACUGCAGUACGAGUCUUCACUCUGACACACACACAGGUACACCUGAGCACAUACAGCACUAGAAAAUCUACAUGUGGAUGUUCAAACUUGGAGAAGAUAAAGGAAAAAAAAGUCAUGAGCAAAAGGUCUCACUUGAUAUAAGCACAUGCACACUGAAGCAAUCUCACUUUUAAGCACACACACACUCGCACACACUUCUUGUAAGUCCCGUGGCCAUCACUCACCAAGCUGCUUCAGUCCAUCUCCUUCUUUCUCACUUCACUUUUUAUGAACCUCCCUUCCAUUCUCUGCUAUGGAGACGAAAAAAAAAAUUAAAAAGAGAAACAAGCACAUUUCUACAGCAGCGCCCGACCGCGUCAUUUAUGUUGCGAUCAACACGCAUUGAGUGACACAAAAGAGCGAAACAAUUGUCACUUAGAAAAAAUAAAUGGGAUCGUCAAUAUGUGGUUAGUCUAGUCAAAGGGUUGUGUAAAUAUUUUCUUUGUACAGAGCAGAUAUUUUUAAUGUAAUGUCACUUUGUGGCUGGACAACGAGCUUAAAGACAGUUUUGGGAGCGAUGAAGGUUACCAGGGAAGUGCAAAAGAGACAGAAAACAGUAUUAAAAUCACAAACUUGCAAACAAAUGUCUCAUCUUACGUCUUAGCUAUUCAGCAUCUAUCAGAUCAUCAAGACUCGGAACAACAAAAAUAUAAUAUAACCUUAGUUUGGUUCAGAAUUACCAGUCAUGGUUUUCCUGAAUACAUUCAAACAAUGGCACCAUACCAAUAUAAUUUAGAGAAAAACAUAUUAAAAACUAGUUUAUUUGUUUUAGUUUUUCGUUCGGUAUAAAUGGGAUUACAUGGCCGUUCUUACACCCAUAGCUGUUCGCAGCCUUUGUAGAAACUACACCCGCUUUUCUGACUAGCUAGUCAGAGAUUUUUGCAAAAUUGAGAAACUACAAUCAAAAUAUGCAUUAAUAAUUCAACAAAUUGAUAUAAAACAACAAAAAUAAUAAAAUUUUAAUUCCAAAAAGAAUCUUCACUUUAACUAAGACCUGCUUUAUUCCUGUCAGGAGCAUGAGAAAUCUGUUCUUUUGCCUUCACCACUGUCUUCAUUAGCUUUGUUGUGCUAAUUUAAGAUAUAUUUUCAGAAUACAGCAGAUAAACCUAAAUAUUUUUGGACUAAACAAAACUGUUUGUUCAUUAUGUGAAGAAAUACAGUCAUUAUAAACACAUCAGAUCCACUAUAUUUAAUGCUAGUCACAGACGUCCCUGCCGUUUGCUUAGUCAACAGAGAAAUAGAUAUGAGGCAGCAUAAUAUGCUGUACAUGUGUUACCUAACCGUUUUCCACUUUUCCUUACAAAGGUUGUGGGAGGCUUUAAUACUUUACUCAGACUGUCAAAAAGUGCUAACACUCAGUAAAUCGGUUCAUGUCAGUGUUGGACCACAGCAAAAAAUCCCAGAUCUGGAAUUUACAACAGAGGGCAAGUACACAACUAAUUAUUUCUGAUCCGUGCGUAGCGUUUCUGUGUGAUGUCUUAUUCACGCCGGCCGUUCCUACGCUAACAGAAGCUGAUAUGAAACAGUUGUGGACCUGAGUCGUCACGACCCCCCUGGAUGACUUGUCUUCUCGUGCAUCAUGUCCAGCAUCAACUCCUCCAAAAGCCACCCACGGCUGAGCUGUGAUGUGUGGCUCAUUAUUUAUUUAUUUUUGGUUUGUUUAUCCCUGGUAUACAAGCUGUUACAUUGGCAGGCGACAGCAAAUGGUGCCGAUGCAUCAAUCACGGCCCUGUCUGCAGGAAUGGUGGAGAAAUGACAUGCCGUCGGAGGGGGAGGUCACACUCGCACCAUGGGGUAUAGAGUAAAAAAAAACAUGUUUUCGCCAUGCACUUGCAUAUCAGCAGGUAAAACACAAAUAUGUGCUUAUUUUUCACAUUUGGAUUCCCACUAUAAAUUAAAAGAAAUAUAACAUUUUGAGUUAAAAAGUUGGUAUUUAGCUAUAUUUUUUAGCUUUAUUCUGAAUUGUCCUAAACUGUUCAUAUGUAAAAUUGUUCCCCUGUAUGUAGAUUUGAAAAAAAAGCAUGCUAUUAGCUGUUACUUAAUUAAAUAUCCACAUAGCCCGGCUAAAUAUCAGGAAAUGUGUCAAGAUAUUUGGUAAUGAGAGAACUAGGACUCAAAUUAAUGAAAAAUUAGCUUAGCAGAGCACAGUUAGCCAAGGCCUGGCUGACUGAUAUCAAAUAUGUUCACGUUUUUUUGGACACAUGCUAAAGAAUAAUUGGACAUUUCCACCAAAAAAUUGGGUUCAGAAAUUAGCAUUAGUCUGUAUCUGACUAAGCUGAAUAAUUAGCCUUAUUUUCAAAUAUGUCCACAUAUGUUGUGAGGCAAAUAUUUGGUCUCAAGCUAAAGUAGAAAAAUUAUUUAACUGCUCCUGUAUGUGAACAUUAGAACACAAUGCAGGAAUGACAAUCUUCUGGUUAAUUUGUAUUUAUUUUUCUUGGGUAUGAUGGAAAGGUUGCCUUCACUGACUGUACAAAAUAUUCAUGUACAGUCUAUAGUUGCCUGUGAUUUACACCAAAUAUUUCAGACCAAUAUCACAAAUGAGACAGAAGGAUGAACCUUAUGUAACUGUCUCCAUCCCAAGAUUUAGAUUUAUUCUAGUUACCAUAAAAUUAGCAUUUUUAGAAAUAUGCAUUUAUUCAUGGCAAAGCGAAAAAAAACACGCUGAACUAUUGAUUUAGGCUUGGAUAAUGCAACUUUUAUUAUUUUACCCUGGUGCUAGCCUGAUUAACAAAACAGACGAAUAAUUUUCUACAAUCUGGCGAAGAGAUUCAGUCUAUCCAGAUGUGCAACAGAAGCAGCUUUGUUGCUGUUCAUAUGGUGCAAAUGCUCUCAAGCUACAGAGUCAAUUGGCUGCUAAUCCCUUUUCAUAUGGUGCAAACAUGAAACACACUUGUACUUACGGUGCAAUAAGGGCAGAUUGUCUCCUGGAAUUAAAUGGUGCAACUUGAGUACUGCCUUCAGUUCUCGGCCAAGGCUGUGCCAAAGGCUCCUUCUAAGUGAACAACUGCUCUUCCUGUCUUGCAGAAGCUAUGCAAGUCUCCAAAGCAAGGAGAUGUGCUUAGUGUACACACACACACAAUCACAGUUGCAUAAACACAGGGUUUUCCUCUGCAGCAAGGAGAUAUGAACACAGCCACAUCGUGAAAAGUAGGGUAACAACAUGGGAUGUACCUUAGUGCUCAAACACACACACACCCACACACACACCUACAAUGUUGAAUAUUUCUUCACCCCUUUAUAAUUUGGGAACAAUAUUCUUAUGGUGCUAAUGAGUAAACCAGAAAGAUUUUUGUAUAGUUGUGCUGGCAGUCGAGAAUUUAGCCAAAUAUGUUGUUUUGCAUUCUGACUGAAAUGUGUAAUUCUAAGGAGUAUAUGUGAAAACUGCAGCACCUUGCGUAUGUGAUUAAAACAAAAAGCUACAAUGCCUUAUCCGCUCCUUUGAUGAUAUCUGGCUCAUGGCGGGGUGGUGCUCCUUUCUGGUACACUCUGAUGUGGUUGUGGAAAACAGCACACUGUGUCCGCACUGCAAACCGACUACGUGCCAUUUUCAGAACACGGUCAGCCAUUUUCCUGUCAGUUUCACAAACCGUGCUUGUGAAUUUCUUGCAUGUAUGUUGUAGAUUUGAGGACCCGACUGCACACGCAACGCGUUAACUAAGAGACUAUGAAAUCAUUUUGAGCUCCUGAGCCUCCGACCCAUUGGCUUAUCCUACAUCAUGCCCCUCCAGCCAAUCAGAUUUCAGGUCUAACAGCAGCCAAAUCAGGUGUAAAACAACCAAAUAGUACAGUUUCUUUUAUACAUGGAAGCCUUCGUUGGAACUCGACUGCAUUUCAUUUAAAAAAUAAUCUAUACUGAGACUGCAGUCAAGUUUCAAUGCUACAAGUGAAACAUUUUGUUCUUCAUCUAUAAAAACCACAGCCUUAGCUAGACCCACUUUGUAAGAUAUUUGAAUCCAGCCAGUGCUUUGUCACUUCUUGUAUGGCUAUUCAUCGACAGCUAUGCAAAGUUACAAAAAGCAGGAUGGCUCUGGGCUUAGAGAACCUUUAAGAAAACACCACAUCACUGUUGUUUCAGUGUUAUUUUACCUUUAUUUUUUUACCUCCGAUGGAUGACAGCAUUUAAUAUAUUACAGUGUUUUUCCCUAAAUCAGUAAAAACCAAGAAUAACUCUAUUGUUUUAACAGUAAAAGUGAAAAUAGGUGUCAGGUUCUCCUCAAAGUUUCACUUACUGCUUCUACAUUUUGAGUUUCUCAAAUAAAUAAAGCCAUGAUGUAAUAAGUCAUGAGUUGAAGCCCAUCUGAUAUGGUAUUUACCUCUUUUUGACAGAGUGAGAUAUAUAAAUCUUAUAAUUGAGUAAGGGAGCACAAGGUUUCCCCCAGAAAACUUGAUAAUCCCGGGGUUUGGGCACUAGGGCGGUCAUUCAUCCAGCGGCCCGUCGUGUUUUUGAGUUUAAAAAUGUUUAAAGUCGACAGGAAUUUGAAAAUAUCUUUUGAUAAUUAUGUUUUAUUGAAAUAUUGGAAGAUUAACCCCUGAACACUAACUAUAAAGUCUUAAAAAAUGCAAACAUUUUAAAAAGACUUAAAUAAAUAAGCAAUGCUUAGCCUGGUGGGGUACAAGUAAAGCCUGGUGGCCCGCCAGGCUUAUAAUACGCUGGGGGAAACCCUGGAGCAUUAGCCAUAAUGAUGCAUCCCCAAGCUUUGAAUCUGUUUCCAUAGCAAUUUUAUGAAUUUUUUUUGUUUGUUUGUUUGUUUUUGUUCUUUUUUUGUCAAGAUUGAUUUGUUGGGAGGGGGAAAACUGCAAUGUAGCUUUUAAACGGUGAGAGAUGAACGCUGCCUCCCGACUGAGGAAUGUCUGUCAUAUUAUGAAAGUUUAACCAUAAAGCAUUUCUUCUUUUGGUUAAACACAGAAAAUGUUCUGCUAUCAGGGUCUAUGAUUUUUGUUUUGUCUUAAUUUCUGCAGCCAAAGUUUUUAUGUUUGAUCCGUAGCUGUGAAGGUGUCAUUAUUCGUUAUGGAUUUGCAGACCUCAAAGCCAGAGGCUAAGCUGACCUGAGUCCAGCAGACACUGAAACCUUUUACUUUUUUACACAAACUCUCAGAAUCAAUCACAGUGUGAAAAAGAUUUCAGAUGUUUGACUCAGGUUUGGUACUACCAACACAGAGCAGGGUCAAACUAAAUGUUCACUUGGAUGUAUCUAUAAAAGCAUAAGCUUUUAAGUUUGUCAGGGUCAUGCUUUUUUAAUGUUAUAGAAAUUUGAUGUGCAAAAGUAGCAUUUAUUUUCUCGUGGUUGGCAUUUGGAUUGUAAAUAACUACUUCUAGCUCUCCUCGGUUGUAUCAAUGUUCCAUUAGUUUGCGUAAAUGGUUCUUUCAAGUCUAACUGAUGGUAAAUGUUCUUAAAGAAUAUACAGAAUGUAAGGUCAAAGUAGGAAAAAAAAUACAGUUCAACAAGUGGUUUCGUAGGAACCUGUGCCAUCUGUGUUGUCUCUAGUAUAAGCACACACUGAUAUUAGAAAUGUAGGUGAAUAAAAGUUAUGGCCAGACAGCCACAGCCAUGGUUUGAAUGCAAGUUUUCCAAGACAGGGGAAAAAUUUGUUUGGAAUAUUAGCAUAAAAUCAUUAGCAUGUGUAAAAACAGGUUAACUAAAUAACCAAAUCAUGGCUGAACGUUGUGAAAUAUGUCCACAUAUUUGUGGGGAGAGUAUCUCAACUCAAGCUAAUAAACAAUUAAACCCUGAGUAAACAUUUGGUGCAAACAUUAGCUUAACAUACAAAUGUUAGCUUCUCUCUGUACAGGAUGCUUCAAUAUAACUUGGCUGAAUGUUAUGAAAUAUGUCCACAUAUAUUUGCUAUCAAAAAUGUGCACAUAAUUGGAGAGGGGAAUAGUUAGACUCAAGCUAAUAAACAAUUUGAUACUUAAACAAAAAUCACUUUGAAACUUUAGCUUAGCACAAAACUGCUAGCUUGAUUCCAAAUAGCAACAUAGCCUGUUAGCAAAUUUGCUAAGAAAAUUUUGACUUAAGCUAAUAAACAAUUAUACAUUGGAGCAAAAAUUAUUGUUUGACACAUUAGCUUAAUAUAAAACCAUCAGAAUGUCUUCAGAUUAAUUAUUAAACCCAUUUGAAUGUAAUAAUCAACAGUUAGGCACUGGAAAAAUUAGCUAAGCAUUUACUUACUAAUUUACUGAUUCAGCUAAAUAAAUGGCUGAAUGAUACCAAAUAUGUGGACAUAUUUGAGAUUAUUUUUAACUGCUAAUACAUAGUUCAACACUUUGAAAAUAUUAAUGUAAGAAUGGGCUGUCUGGCCUCUUCUGAAUUCAGUGUAAAAAAGAUGGCUACCGUCAUCGAAUGUGUUCAAACUGCUCCUGCGUCAGCACAUCGGAACGCCAUUCAGGAAUAUUCUAAUUUAUUUCUCUUUUCCUUUCAUUUGGUAGGUUGGAAGGGUUGCAUCCACAGACUGUAUAGUUUAUGGUUGCCUUUAAUUUACACCAAAUAUUUUUGACCAAUCACAAAUGAGACGGAGAGAGGACAGAUUAUGGCGUCUCUGGUUUUAGUCCCUCUGUUCUGUGUCCACUAUGGUGUUGCGGCAUUCUGGGGAAGAGUUGAAAAAUAUUUUUUUGAUGGCUCCAGGAGGCCAACGUUAGAAAAUGUGUUAUUUUUGUUACAAUACCUCCUGAAAAUAAAAGUCUAUUUAUCUGUGAAGAGACAAAGAUUUACAGUAAUACAGAUGACUACAUAGAGAUGAUUUUAAAUGAGAUAAAAGAUAUGUACAGCUGAUUUGAACACAAUACAGAGAUCUAUUGUUAGUAUUGAGUUUGAUUUUAUAUAUUUGCCAUUUUAUUACGUUGUGAUGUUGUGACUGCAAUGGAGAAAAAAAAAUACAAAGGGAUAUAAAUUAA